AUGCUGUGAGGGACGUUCCCAGCACCCAGUGUCCCAUUGGGAGCAAUACCACUGGUUACAGAGAGAAAAUACUGCGGAUUGGACAACAGCUCAGCGCGGCUGCCGGUCAAAGUCUACCCCACUUGGGCCCUGGUUCCGCUUCCUCAUUGUCUUCGUGCGGUGGAUUGACCAACGGGAAAGACUGGACUACCGGAAGGACUUUUCUGCUCCAGCCAAUCAGCGCUUCUCCCAUUGUCUGAAUGCGGAAGUUUGGCAAUGAGCUUGUUCACUUGCUGAUCCUCUCUCUGAAUGAGGGUUGAGCUUCACACAGACUAAAACUUCCUCCUGUGUCCAGCACCUGAUAUUAGAAGAGCAGGACUUACAGACAGAAAUCUCAAACCAAACAUCGCCUCAUGAUCUGACAAAGUCACUCAAUUCUUUGGACCUGAAUAUCAUAAGCUUUAAACAUGGGAGAAAUGUUUGUAAGUUCUAUCCACUUCAGAAGAUCUUAAGCAUUAGUGUGACUGAUCGUCGAACCUGGAGAGACACAAGGACACCCACACCAUGGAGAAACGGUGGAAAUGUGGGGACUGUGGGAAGGGAUUCCGCUUUCCGUCUGAGCUGAAGAUUCAUCGAUACACACAUACUGGAGAGAAGCCAUUCACCUGCUCUGAGUGUGGGAAGGGAUUUGCUCUGUCAUCCCACCUGCUGAGACACCAGCAAGUUCACACUGGGGAGAGGCCAUUCACCUGCUCUGAAUGUGGGAAGGGAUUCACUCACUCAUGGGAUUUGCAGACACACCAGCGGGUUCAUUCUGGGGAAAGGCCAUUCACCUGCUCUGCGUGUGGUAAGGGAUUCACUCAGUCAGCCCACCUGCUGAGACACAAGCGACUUCACACCGGGAAGAGGCCGUUCUCCUGCUCUGAGUGUGGGAAGGGACUCAGUCGGCUAGGCAGCCUGCAGACACACCAGCGGGUUCACACUGGGGAGAGGCCAUUCACCUGCUCUGUGUGUGGGAAGGGCUUCUGUGAUUCAUCCAGCUUGCUGAAACACCAGCGAUUUCACACCAGGGAGCGGUUGCUCACCUGCUCUGUGUGUGGGAAGGGAUUCACUCAGUUAUCCCACCUGCUGUCACACCAGCGAGUUCACACUGGAGAGAGGCCGUUUAUCUGCACCGUGUGUGGGAAGGGAUUCCGUGUGUCAUUCACCCUGCAAAUACACCAGCGAGUUCACAAUGGGGAGAGGCCAUUCACCUGUUCGGAGUGUGGGAAGGGAUUCACUCAGUCAUCCCACCUGCUGAUACACCACCAAGUUCACACCGGGGAGAGACCGUUCAUCUGCUCCGAGUGUGGGAAGGGAUUCACUCAGUCCUCCAGCCUGCGGAGACACCAGAAAGUUCACAAACACAAGGACACACGCACCAUGGAGAAACCGUGGAAAUGUGGGGACUGUGGGAAGGGUUUCAAAUCCCCGUCUGAGCUGGAAACUCAUCGACGCAGUCACACCGGGGAGAGGCCAUUCACCUGCUCUGAGUGUGGGAAGGGAUUCGCUCGGUUAUACCACCUGCAGAUACACCAGCGAGUUCACACUGGGGAGAGGCCAUUCACCUGUUCUCAGUGUGGAAAGGGAUUCACUGAUUCAUCCAACCUGUACAGGCACCAGCAAUUUCACACCGGAGAGAGACCAUUCACCUGCUCACAGUGUGGGAAGGGCUUCAGGAAUUCAUCUGCCCUGCUGACACACCAGCGAGUUCACACUGGGGAGAGGCCAUUCUCCUGCUCAGAGUGUGGGAAGGGGUUCAGUCGGUUAUGCAGACUGCAGUCACAUGAACGGGUUCACACCGGGGAGAGGCCAUUCACCUGCCCCGAGUGUGGAAAGCAAUUUAUUCAGUUAUCCCACCUGCUGAUACACCAGCGAAUUCACACUGGGGAGAGGCUGUUCACCUGCUCUGAGUGUGGGAAGGGAUUUACUCAAUUAUCCCACCUGCAGAUGCACCAGCGAGUUCACACUGGGGAGAGGCCAUUCACCUGCCCUGAAUGUGGGAAAGGAUUCACUCAGGUAUCCCACCUGCGGACACACCAGCAAAUUCACAAUGGGGAGAGGCCGUUCAGUUGUUCUGAGUGUGGGAAGGGAUUCACUCGGUUAUCUAAAUUGCAGGUACACCAGCAGGUUCACACUGGGGAGAGGCCGUUCAUCUGCUCUGAGUGCGGGAAGGGAUUCACUGCAUCAUCCACCCUGCUGAUACACCAGCGAGUUCACACUGGCGAGAGGCCGUUCACUUGCUCAGAGUGUGGGAAGGGAUUCACUCAGUUAUUCACGCUACAGGAACAUGAGCGAGUUCACACCGGGGAGAGGCCGUUCACCUGCUCUCAGUGUGGGAAGGGAUUUACUCAGCUGUCCAACAUGCUGAGACACCAGCGAGUUCACUCCGGGGAAAGGCCGUUCACCUGCUCUGAGUGUGGGAAGGGCUUCACUGAGAAAUCCAGCCUGCAGAGACACCAACGCGUUCACACCGGGGAGAGGCCAUUCACCUGCUCUGAGUGUGGGAAAGGAUUCACUCAGUUAUCCGACCUGUUGAGGCACCAGCGAGUUCAUAAAUGAUUCCAGGGGUUGGAUUCUGCUAUUAUUGCUGCUGUUAAUCACAUUCAGGACUGAACCAUGUUCAUUCUGACACUCGGUGAAGUGGGCUGUUGGAGGGUUUCUUUCUGCUAGACUGGCUGGCCUAACGACUUUGCCCCCAGUGGGCUGAUGUUCAGAAUACCAAAUUUCAUAUUUCACAAGGGUCACAGAAUGAAAAAGUAUUCGGAAGUUAAAAGAUAUUUAGUUUGUAUUUCUUUUUGGAACCACCCAAAGCAUGCCAGGUUGCCAUGGAGAUGGGCUGUGCUGGUUAGAUGGUUCUUUUGUAUCCUUUAUCUAGGUGUUUCUCACAGAAGAAAACUAUCACAGUUUGAGGGUCAAGUUGGCUGUGGUAGAUUGGGAAACUACAUGAAAAUCAAUAAUGGUAGAUAGGCAAUAGCUAGCAUUGAAGGAAUUAUAACAUAUUUACAACAAAUAUAGAUUCCUUUCAGGAACAAAAACCCAACAGGAAAAGUGAUGCAACUAUGGCCAAGAAGAGAAGUUGAAGAUUGCAUCAGAUCAAAGGAAAAGGCUCAUAAAGUGGCCAAAAAAAGUAGUAAGCCUGAGGAUUGGAGCAUGUUUUGAAUUGAGCUUUUUUUGAAUUCAGCAAAGGAGGACCAAGAAGCUGAGUUCUAAAGACUCACUACCUUCUGAGAGAAAAAUGCUCUCCUCUGUCUUCAAGGGGCGACCCAUUACUUUUAAAUUGUGACCCCAAUUUCCAGAUUCUCCCUCAAGAGGAAACAUCCUCUCCACAUCCACCCUGCCGAGGCCCUUCAGCAUCUUGUAUGUUUCAAUCAAGUCACCUCUUACUCUUCUAAACUCCAGCGGAU